AUGUCCAAGUCCAAGCAAAAGCGCAAGCAGCAGAGCCAGCAGCAGCUCGGCGCGGUGAAGAAGGUCAAGACCCAGCAGGCCGCAACCCCUGUGCUGCCCACCGUUGGCGCUGCCUUUGAGCUCAAGUUCCUCAACACGGUCGUGCCGGAGGAGGACCUCGAGAUUACGGUCGAAACUCUAAAAGCGCUGGUAGAGAACCCAAGCCUAAUCAAGUCCAAAGCAUGCAAGGACCUAAGGACGGCGGUGUUUGAGUUCCGCAAGGCUUGUACCACCGGGUUUAAUGCUGCAGCCGAUGCAAACCUAACGUCGCGGAUCAGCGGCGCCCUCGCAGAUGGCGGCUUGACGGAGGCCCGCAUCCUCCUCUCAGAGAUGCGCAUCCGGGAGCAAGCACCAAAACUAGGCGCCCUGUGCCGCUGGGUGCGCGACCUGGACGUCAUCAGCGGGUUGGCAGAGCAGCGCGAAGGGCAAGUCAAGCGCACCGCAGCCCAGGUCGAGACGCUCAAGGUCCUAGACGCCGUCCUGCGCGUCACAGGGCCAGUAGACCACUCGCUGCCACCACCCGACAGCGCAGCAGCAGAGGCCGAGCCCGGUCCAAUGGCGGUGCGGCCAGCCUGGGACCUCCGCGACGCAGACCGCCCCCGGCGGACGGUCUACGACUCCGUCAUGGACGGGACCCUCCCGGCAUCGAUCCCGCAAUCGAUGAGGGCUGGCUUCCGCGUCAUCCAGACGAUCCCAGGCGCGGAGCGCAACCCACCGAACCGGCACCCAGCGACACUGCACGCUUCACGGGACGGCACCAUCGCGCUGGCGCCACCGUCAUCGCCUGAUGCGCCGCAAACCACGCACCACGCUCAUCCCGUCGUGCCGGGGCUGCACCUUCUGCGCGACGUGCUCUCGCCGGACGAGUGCGGGCAGAUCAUCGGCGCGGCCGAGGCGAUCGGGUUCGCUCCUGACGCGCCGGUGCGGCCUGACGGGGACGAGGCGAGGGAGAAUAGCGUGCUGGCGCACAAUUUCUACUGGGUUGCUGAUGAAGAGUUUUGCCGGGGGAUCUGGGGCCGGGUAGAGCCUUUCGUGCCCGCGCGGGUGGGUGGUCGGAAGGUAAGGGGGCUGAAUCGGCGGUUCCGUGUGUAUCGAUAUGUCCCGGGGGCGGAAUACCGGGCGCAUAUUGACGGCGCCUGGCCCCCCUCAGGCAUCCUCCCAGACGACACAUACCAGUACGAUGCGAGCCCGCCGGACGCCAAGCAGUCGUCGUUGUUCACGUUCCUCAUCUACCUCAACGACGAGUUCGAGGCCGGCGAGACGACCUUCUUCCUGCCGGCCGCGCGCGAGGGAACCCUCAACGCGUACCCCGUCAAGCCGAUUCAGGGCAGCGUGGCCAUGUUCCCGCACGGCGAGACAGAGGGAAGCCUGCUACACGAAGGCACCGGGGUGCGCCGUGGGGAGAGGCCGUCGGCUAAGUAUGUUAUUCGGACGGACGUGGAGUAUGAUGUCGAUCCCGGAAGGGAUUAG